AUGCCUUCCGUCGACACCGUCACCUUGGCUUCGGGCCAGAAGAUGCCCUUGGUCGGAUUUGGCCUGUGGAAAGUGCCUGCCGACAAGGCCGCCGACAUUGUUUACAAUGCCAUCAAAGUCGGAUAUCGCCUAUUCGACGGAGCGUACGACUACCAGAACGAGCGUGAGGCCGGCCAGGGCAUCAAGCGCGCCAUCGACGAGGGUCUCGUCAAGCGCGAGGACAUCUUUGUCACCACCAAGCUGUGGAACAACUACCAUGCCAAAGAGCACGCUUUGGCCAUGGCCAAGGCCCAGAACGAGGCCUGGGGACUGGGCUACAUUGAUUUGUAUCUGAUCCAUUUUCCCAUUGCCUUGAAGUACAUUGAGCCCGAGAAGCUGCGGUAUCCGGGCUGGUGGAUGGACGCCGAACAAAAGACCAUUGAGCGUGCCAACGUGCCGAUCAAGGAGACCUGGGAGGCAUUGGAACAAGUCGUCGAUUCCGGCAUUGCCAAGUCGAUCGGCAUUUCCAACGCCCAGGCCCAGACCAUCUACGACAUCCAAACCUACGCCCGCCACCCCAUCUCCACCCUCCAAAUCGAGCACCACCCAUACCUCGUGCAACAAGAUCUGGUCGACCUGGCCAAGGAGGAGAAGAUUGUCAUUACCGCCUACUCUUCGUUCGGACCCCAGAGCUUCCUGGAGCUCCCCCCGGCGUUCCGCAAGCGGCCCGACUCGGUGCCGAAACUGUUCGACGUUGACGUCGUCAAGAAGGCCGCCGAGCGCACCGGCAAGACUCCUGCCCAGGUUCUCCUGAGAUGGUCCACCCAGAGAGGCAUUGCCGUCAUCCCCAAGUCCAACAACGUCGACCGUUUGAAGCAGAACUUGGAGGCCACCGAUUUCGAUUUGACCGACGAGGAGAUCAAGGCCAUCAGUGCUCUGGACAAGGGUCUGAGAUUCAACGACCCCGGCUUCUACCUCCACAAGCCCCUGCGUAUCUUUGCGUAG